AACUCUGUCUCGGCAUCUGUCACCGCCGCCCACCCAAAACUUUCCGCCGCGCCCGGCUGCCCGCCCGCCGCCGCGGGACGGCCCCGCACCGGCCCCGGCACCGAGACCCCGGCGCGGCCCAUGCGAGCGCCCAGGCGGCGGCGGCGGCCCGGGGGCUUCAGCCAGGGGGGUCCCGCGGGCAGCUCCACCAUGUCGGACAGUGACCCGGGGGACGAGGACGGCGCCACAUCCCCUGACCCCUCGCAGUGCAAGAGGAAGAGAAGGGGCAACCUCCCCAAGGAGUCGGUGAAGAUCCUGCGGGACUGGCUGUACGAGCAUCGUUUCAACGCCUACCCCUCGGAGCAGGAGAAGCUCAGCCUCUCGGGGCAGACCAGCCUCUCCGUGCUGCAGAUCUGUAACUGGUUCAUCAACGCCCGGCGGCGGCUGCUCCCCGACAUGCUGCGCAAGGACGGCAAGGACCCUAACCAGUUCACCAUCUCCCGCCGUGGGGGCAAAGCCGGCGACGCGGCCAUGCCGCGGGGCGCUGCCGCCGGCCCCGGGGUGCUCGUGGUGCCGCCCGCGGGCUCCUCCAAGGUGCUGUCGAUGUCGGUGUGCCCGCAGGUACUGUGCCACCCGGCGCGGGCGCUGGCCGUGGUGAGCGCCCACAGCCCCGAGUGGGAGAAGCCCCCCGGGCUCGAGGCCGCGGCCAGGGCGGGGCCCGGCGGCAGCACCCUGACCCUGCUGGCGCGGGCUGAGUCGGGCAGCCCCACACCCGGACUCUUCAACACGCCGCCCCCGACGCCCCCCGAGCUCUUCGGGGAUGACUUCAGCAGCUUCCAGCUGCUGGUGGAGGUGGCCCUGCAGAAGGCGGCCGAGCUGGAGCGGCAGCGGCAGGGGGGGCAGCUGCCCCUGGCUCCCCACGCCGAGCCCCCCGGAGCCUCCAAAUAACCCCGGGCCGGGUCCCGCAGGGUGCCCUUCCCGGGGGUCCGACCCUCCCGGCCUCUGCCUCACCCCCACGGCCCAUCCCAGGAGCGGCUCCUGCCCCCGGGGGCUCUGGUGUCUCGGCAGCCAAGGCGGCAGAGGAAGGCCGGUCCCACCCCGCCAUCCUCCCCUGGAGAUGCCCUGGCUGCCGAGGACGGUGCCCCGGCACGUGCCCAGAGCUCAGUGCUGGCAGUGCCCUGUCCCUGCCGCACGGCCGGAGCGGGCCCUGGACCUCCCCUGGAAAACCUGCUGAUCUCCUCCUCUCCGGCAAACAAGGGUCCAGCCAGCACCGUUUCUUCAGGAAGACAGAGAGAACCUGUUUUUUUUAAUGCCAAUGUAAGGACUGUGGCUGAAGAGCUUUGUCUCCCAAAUCUCGGAUCCUUUCUCCCUGCCACCCUUUCCCUCCGGCCCCCUUUUUGGUUUUGGAGGCCUUUCUGUUUCCCGGUGCUGGCCAGGGGGCCUGCCUUGCCCAGGGAAGGGCAAAGGACAGAUGAACUGGAAACAUGGAGUCUGUGGCAUUUUAACAUGGAAAAAAUAGGACCCUCCUCUUCCUUUUUAGGUUGUUCUGGAUGCUGCCAGUAGAAAUCUCUAUGGUGCUGUUUAGCAAGUUUUUUGUUGAAACAUUUUCCCUUUAAUUGUGAUUUAUUACAUGAUUAUUACUUUUUUUUUUUUUUUUUAAAUCUAUGAGCAUUUCCACACCUUCCCCGUGUUCCCCUCGAGUUCAUGCCGAAUGUGUGUAUGCUGUGCCCGGAGCAGCAAGCCCGGGCAGAGCUGAGACUGUGAAUUUUGUACCCGACUUCAUUUUCUUUUUUAUUUUUUUUUUCCAUAAAACCUUUGGAAAGAGGCGUGGUGCGGGCACGGCCAUGUGCGUCCUGGAAGUGCAGCGCUGGGCGGGCGGAGGAUGGAGAUGUCGCUCCCUGUCCCCUCCCCUCGCAGCGUGAGUGUGCGGUGCUGGGGACCUCUAGUGACAAACUGGCGUGAGCUGGGAUGGCCGGGCCUGCGGAGGUUCGGGGCUCCGGGGCAGUUUUUGGGCUCUGGGACAGUUUUUGGGCGCCGGGGCAGCUCCUGGCUGGGUGUCGCUUGCUGUCCCCGGGCGCUGUGCCGGGCAGGAGUCCCUGUGGGAUGUGGGUCAGUGGCUGUGCCCUGGCCCGGGCAGUGCUAAUCCCCUCGGUAAUUAGCCAGAUGAGGUGGUGACUGGAGGGGGUGAAGCCGCAGGACUGGGAGCUCUGCGGGGCAGGGAGAGAGCACGGGAGGGGACAGGACUGGAAGGGAAAAGCACUGAUUUGGGGGACUGGUGAGUUCCUGCCCCCCAUUUCUUCAGAGGAAGAUGCCAGGGAGGGGCUGCUGUGGGAAGGUUUCCCAACAGCAUCACCUGGGCAGGUGCCCUGUGUAGUGCUGGGGGGCACCGGGGCAGGUGGGUGCCCAUCGUGUGCCUCUCACCCCCACCUCCAUUUCUAUGUGCAGCCUUCGUUUGCCCUUUGUCUCCUUCCCAGGGAAAGUCCUCAGUUUUGGGACUCUCACCUUGUUGCCCCCCUGCAACUCUGUCCCUUGCCCUGGGGCAGGGAGAGGCUCUUUGGCCUCCUGCUCUCUUGUCCCAGUCAAACCCAAGUGGUUUCCUUCCCCCGAGCUGUGCCUGUGCCAGGGGCUGGUGCUGCUGCCCUGGGAUGGACCAGAGAGUUGGGAGGGCAGGAGUUACUGGAAUUAAAUUUAUGGAGAAAUAACAAACUACUGUAAAUAUAUUUUUGUUUGUUUUUCUAUUGUCAAAUAAAAGUUUUUUAGUUUUGGUUGCUAUUUUUAAA